CACGGCUCUGUGAACAACCUUACUCAACAACAAUACCUCGGCUUCCUUCUAACUUGAUCUUCCCAAUCUUGACUAGCAAAAUAGAUCAAUCGCAAUGUUGUCCCCGCGCGAUGAUCAACAUAUGACGAUGAACAUGAGUGGCAUGGAUAUGUCGCAUUCGUCUAUGAUGAAUAUGGUCUUUCAAAACAGCAUCACUACGUCUCUCUACUCGAAUUCCUGGACACCACGCACAAGCGGCGCCUACGCUGGAACCAUCAUAUUCUUGCUCAUUCUUGGCAUAACAUUUCGACUACUACUUGCAGGCAAGGCACUAGCAGAGGAGCGAUGGUUGGAUGCCGAGAUGAAGCGAAGAUACGUUGUUGUGCAGGGAAAGCUCCCUGUCGCAGAGCAGGUGUCAACUGACAGCUUCAGCAAGAAGAUGACACUGACGGAAAAUGGCGUUGAAGAGGAUGUUGUGGUCGUCCAGAAGAAACAGCUUCACCUUCGUCCUUGGAGAAUGUCGGUCGAUCCUAUGCGAGCGGUGUUAGAUACUUGCAUUGCCGGUAUCAGCUAUCUUCUCAUGUUGGCAGUCAUGACAAUGAACGUCGGAUACUUCAUUGCAGUCCUCGGUGGCACAUUCCUAGGCAGCCUGCUUGUCGGCCGAUUCUACAACUCAGAACACUAAAACGCAUCAUCGCAGAAGGAAAGGGAAGCAUUGCCGGGUUUCAAGUCGCCAAGACGGCGCACAUUAAUUUUUCAAUUUACGAUACGACGGCACGAGCAUGAGUCCGGUGGUGUUUGCAAGUUUA